UUGCGGGAUUUUGGAUCUGACAGUUGAUUGUUUUAACACGCACAAGUCGGAUAUUAAAUGUUUUUGUCAGGUUGCAGGUGCAACAGUUAAAGGCAGAAUCACCGGGUAACGUUAGCUUCACUUUGUCGGCUAUAUUAGGCUUUGUCUCAGAAAUUCAAACGACCAACGUUAGCAAGUUUUGCUAACAGUAGUGGCAGUUAGACACAACAACCUAACGUUAUUUAGCGUUGUUAAGUGACGGUGACAGCGUCGUGUCUGUAACUUACGUUUACCAGACAGCUAACGGUAGCGAACAAGAUAAAGGGUGUCAUCAUGUGAAGAUGACUUCAUUAGUGGCCUACGAAGAUUCAGAAGAAUCAGAGGAUGAUAAUCUUGAGCAAUCAGAGGAGAGAGUAUCAGCCCCUGUCCAAGCUGGAUCUUGUGAACAAAACCAGGAAGUCAGGUUGAGUAAGUCCUCAGAGGUAACACCGAGCCCUCACAGCUUCGCACCUGACCCUGAUAGGUCAGUGUUGGAAUAUCAUGGAAAUGCCUCAGCAACAAGCAGUUUUUCACUACAGCCACAGAGCUAUUUUGACUGGGAAAGAAAAUAUUGCACUGACAAGACAGCACAAGAAAAACAUUUUAGAGAUACAGCAGCUCCUCUGAGUUUACCUUUGACUCAGGGGAAGAUCCCAUCACUGCAGACUCUUCCUCACACCACACAAAGUUUUGGGGAUGCGUCUGCCCCAGCAAAAAGACACCACACUGUCCCGUCUGGUGUCAGACCAUACAUUCCCAAAAGACUCAGACUUGCCACUUCAGUAGAGACGGUGGACCCACAGUGCCCAGCAGACCAAGUCUCAGGAAACCAGACCAGGGAAAGCCAGAUUCUCUCAGACGUGUCGGCGAGAAUAAAGCCGUAUCUUCCCCAUAAGCCCGGUGCUGCAGGGAUACCGAGGAGGCUUCUGAUGAGCCUGGGAGGCCACCAGGGUCCAGUCAACACAGUGCAAUGGUGUCCUGUGCCUCAUCUCAGUCAUCUGCUGCUGUCUGCCUCCAUGGACAAAACUGUCAAGGUGUGGGAUGGAGCAGAGAGCGGGCGAUGCCUGAGGGUUUACACCUGCCAUUCGGGAGCUGUGCGUGAUGCCUGUUGGACCCCCUGCGGGCGACACCUCCUCACUGGCUCCUUUGACAACAUGGCUGUGAUCACAGACGUAGAGACAGGGCAGCAGCUAGUGAAAUUGGACAACCAGUUCAAAGUGAUGUGUGUGGUUCUGCAUCCCAGCAACCCAGAGGUAUUCCUGUGUGGAGGUUACAGCUCAGUGGUCAAGGCCUGGGACUCUCGCAGCUGCAAGGUGGUGAAAGCGUACAAAGCAGGGAUCCAGCAGACCUUGGACAUCCUGUUUCUGAGAGGUGGUGUGGACUUCAUAACAAGCUCAGACUGCGUGAGCAGAGACUCUGCAGACCGCACCCUCAUCGCCUGGGACUACCAGACCACAGCCAAGGUCUCCAACCAGAUUUACCAGGAGCGGUACACGUGCCCCAGCCUGGCUCUCCACCCACUGGAGGAGUCCUUUGUUGCCCAGACUAAUGGGGACUACAUUGCAGUGUUCUCCUCCCAGCAGCCCUAUAGAAUGAACAAGAGGCGGCGAUACGAAGGACACAAGGUGGAGGGAUACGCGGUGCACUGUGAGUUUUCUCCAGAUGGAACUAUCUUGGCAUCGGGAAGCUCCACCGGCUCUGCUCACUUCUACGAUUUCCACAACGCUCGUAUGCUGCACACUCUCCACGCUCACAGCCAGCCCUGCCUGUGUGUUUCUCAGCAUCCCGUCCUGCCUGCGACCGCAGCCACCUGCGACUGGGCCGGUGAGAUCAAGGGACUGACUGUGAAGAGGAAUGCGCGUGGACUGGAAAACCUCUACAGCAGAUGCCAAGUGUCAGCUGCCUGGAAGAAAAAGAAACACCAACAGCCUGACAGCGACGAUGAUGAUGACGGAGCAGAACCCAGAAUAAGAUGCAGCCUCCAGCGACUAUCCCUGCUUACAUCUGGCCGCACUUUUACACCAAAAUCUAAAAGAGACCACGGUUACAUGAUUAAGUGCUCGUGUCUCCUAAAAAAUCUUGACUUUUCAAAACUCCUCUUCUGACCUCUGCAAGUACAUUGAAGACAGUUGUGAGUUUAUAGCCUGUACGUGAAACUUAUGUUAGGUAGCUAAUGUUAGCCAUGAAUAAUUUUCAUGUGUUACUGUAAUAUGUGAUGGUAUAAUGACUAAGAGGAGGAUAUAGUGAGAGAAUGGGAGAUGUUCACAUCUCAGUUAUAUAGAUUAUUCUUAUUUGCUCUAAUUCACAAAAAAAAAAGUUUUAUUUAUUUAUUUUUAAAUAUGGCAGCCACAUAUAGAUUUUAUAGCAAGAAGGGCAGCCUCAGGUACGAUUGGUUGAUAUGCUAUGUUAUAAGGUAUUUGUAGUUUGUAGCCAUAUAUGUCAGUGUGUGUGCAAAUUGUAGUGUAACAUGGCAGGUCAUCCUUUUCAUCAACGUGUCAAAUCAUGUAAAUAUUUAAGAAUGUAUUUUUUCUUUCUGUCAUUUGCUAGUGUGUUGCUUAAUGUGUUUGUUUAUUAUUUUCUUGUUUGUUUUAAAGUACUCAUGCGAUAGGGCGGAGGGUAGUUGUGAAGCUCAGGGCUUGAGUGGGGAGAAAAAAGUGGACACAGUUGUCAAAUGAACUUUCAUCUGUUUAUCUUUCUAAAAAUACAUAUUCUCCCAACACUCAUCCCCCUCCCCUCCUCCCCACCCACACCAACCCAUUGUAAAAACAAAAAGUUUUAUCAACAAGUGUUGUGUUCUCAUU